AAUCCAAACUUGACCAUGUCCCACCACUUGUUUCUAUUGUCGCCAUCGGACACGCCUCUAUAUAGUCUCACCCACUUCUCCGCAAAGCCUGUUCAGAAUCCCACUUCGCCCCUUUCGUCAAAUCUGCCUAAUUGGUCAACUUCUGCGUUUGCGGGAACUCUGACUGCAUUAUCUGGCGCGUCGAGCUCGGGGCAACAAUCUGGUGGACAUUCCCGUGUCGGAGGCGGCCAGGACCGACAUGUUAUUCAAAUGAUCGCUAAUGCUUCACUGGAUGUAAUCGAAGACCUUAUGAAGACCCAAAAUGCCAUGUAUCUCAAAUCUGUCGACAAGUUCAACGAAUGGACGGUUUCCGCUUUUAUCACUCCUGGCAACAUGAAAUUUGUACUUUUGCAUGAGGGUAAGAACGACGAUGGGAUCAAGUCCUUCUUCGUCGAUGUUUGGGAGUUAUAUGUCAAGACGAUGCUGAAUCCCUUUCAUACUGCCCAUACUCCCAUACGUAGUUCUAUAUUUGAUACCCGUGUAAGAGCCAGCGCAAAGAAACACUUGUAG